AUGAAGCUGUGGAAAAGUCUAAAGAUAUCUAUAGGAAGUCGCAGUGACCCCAAGAAUUACUCUCAGGAUUUGCCACAGUGGGGUGGCCAAGGAUAUGAGUUGGAUGGCCCGAGCGUACGGCGCGUAGCGUUCCGCGCGCGCCUCAAAGAGCCAAUAGACCACCACAGACGGGGCCCUAAAGGGCUGAUGUUCAGCCGGAGUUGCGGGGUAAGCGCAAUAAGGUACCGCGACCUCGGCACAGAGCAGGAGAAGGAACAGGGGGUGUUCAAAUCCCAGACAUCGCUGUCUACUGACUCUGGGCUGUGCACUGAAAGGGGACUGCGCCGGACCCACAUCGAGUUAACUAAACCUCCAGGGAAACGCAUCGGACUUAAACUGGCAGAUCAGGAAUGUUAUCUUACUUGA